AUGAGCCCGACCAAUUCGCUCACCAGCCGUCAUAGAAAGUCUUCACAGAGAUCAUACAUAUCAUCAUGCGCACCCGUUUGUUAUCCGCAUCGGUAUGCAUAGCACUUCCUUCUUUCGUGCCAGCUGUCGAAAGGAAUCAUCAUCAUCCUCUCCGGACAAUAUCCGUGUCCGUCGACACUCUGCCGGCCAGUCACCCCCCCCUCCCUCCCAUCCCAGAAACAUUCCCGGAGGUCGUCAUCCCCCCCCACACCACCAACUCACCACUCACCACUCACCGCCCAUCAUCCGCCAACCAGCAGGCAGGCCCCCGCCGCACCCGCCCCACACCGGAUCGACGAGGCGGAUCGCGACGAAACGGAGCUUACCAUAUUAAGCCCCCGCACGGAAAGCCCCUGCUAGAACCUCUACAUGUCGACACCUGCAUCACCGUCCGCGCAUGGCAGUGGCCGGCGCAGCAGCAGCAGCCGAAUCCCUCCAGGAGGAGGAGGAGGAGGAGGAGGGGGGAGGAGGAGGAGGAGGGGGAGGAGGACGAGGCCUCUCGCACCGGCUCACCCCGCCCCUGUCUCACCGACCUGAUCGCUCGCCGAACCCCAGUAGCAGCACCAGUAGUAGUCACACCCAUGGCUCAUACGCCAACACCGACUCUCCUCCGCUAGACCACGAGCCGGAACUCGAGUUGUCGUCGCUUCCUUCCCCGCGACUUACUCGUGCCAGCGCUAACCGCGGGAGCCCUCUUGCUUUUCUCCCCACCACCGCCGAAGACGACGCAGACCCGUACCCCUCCCCUUCAUACCUCUCGUACGACUCCGGCCACGAGCUCGAUCGCAACCGCCGCCCACCGCGCCGACCACCACCACCACCGCCAAAACAAUCACACUACUCACAACACCGACCAAACACUGAUACUAGCGGCUUCGACUUCGGCUUGGGCUUUGGCGCCAAAUUAUCCGGCUGGUACAAUCACAUGAAGGCGACACAUUUUCCGCUGCUGCGUUCGUCGCCAGCAGUAGGCACCGGCAGCUACGGAGCCCUUCCGACGAGCUACCAGGGAUCCGGUGCAUCUUCGGAGACCCCCUCGGACGAGGACCACGGUGCUACCACGGAGGAAGAUGAGGGACCGCUGUCAUCUGCUACCGACGGACUGAUGGGUGGUGGUGGGACUCGCAACAGAAAAUGGAAGGGCAUACGGACGGGUGUGGAAACAAGAGAAGGACUAGAAGGCUAUCAGAUGGACCCGAAUGAAGCAGGGAGUGAGUCGGAAGCCGUGCUGGAUAUUGACGACGAAGAGGACAACGAGGAAGAGGAGGAGGAAGACGAAAAUGACCCAAAGGAUAAUUCACCCUACCCGGAAGUGCGCGCAUCCGUCCUGGCGACCGAUGACGAGUCCCUGUCGAUCAACACGCCCAGAAUGUGGACCCUGUCACUGCUCUUCACGCUCGUCGGGUCGUCGACGAACCUGUUCUUUUCGCUGCGCUACCCGUCCAUAUCGAUAACCCCAGUGAUCGCCUUGUUGCUCGCGCAUCCUUUAGGAAAGCUCUGGGACCAAGCCUUUCCCAAUGACCUUGAAAAUGAAGUCAAACCGACGGGGACGCUGGGUCGGUUCAGAAGUUGGCUGGGCCAGGGGCGGUGGAAUAGGAAGGAACACGCUUGCGUAUAUAUCAGUAGCAACGUCUCCUUUGGCUUUGCCUUUGCUACCGACGUGAUCGUUGAGCAAACGCACUUCUACCAUCAGGACCCUGGCGUUGUUUACCAGAUCCUCCUGACGUUGUCGACUCAAAUUCUGGGCUACACGUUUGCCGGGUUGACGCGGCAGUGGCUGGUACGGCCAAGUAGCAUGAUCUGGCCAGGAACUUUGAUGUCCACGGCGAUGUUCACGACAUUGCACGGCGAAGAAAAUAAGCCAGCCGAUGGGUGGGAAGUUUCGCGGUGGAGGUUUUUCAAUUAUGUUUUCGCCGGAGGCUUCGUAUGGUAUUUCGUUCCAGGCUUCCUGAUGCCCGCGCUCAGUUACUUCAACGCUGCGACGUGGUUUGCUCCCGAUAAUGUCGUCAUCUCGAACUUGUUUGGUGUCAGGUCGGGCUUGGGAAUGCUGCCGGUGACCUUUGACUGGGCGCAGAUUUCGUACAUCGGAUCGCCGCUAAUGACACCGUUCUGGGCUGCUGCAAAUGUGGUUGGAGGGCUGAUACUCGUGAUGUGGAUCAUCGCGCCAAUCAUGUAUUACUCGAAUGUGUUUUACAGUUCGUACAUGCCAAUACUGUCGAGUGAUGUGUUUGACAACACGGCGCAGACAUACAACGUUUCGCGCAUUCUCACGCCACAGUUCUUGUUCGACGAGGAGGCGUACAAAGACUACAGCAAGGUGUUUAUGCCGAUCACAUAUGUACUCUCGUACGGCCUGCAGUUUGCCGCGCUGACAGCUUUGGUCACACACACGGCCUGUUGGCACGGGAAGGACAUCUGGCGCCAGUGGAAGAAGGUCAUGCAGGCUCCCUCCCGACGGCCUGCAGGUGGUGCCGAAUAUGCUCCGAUCGCGACACCAUCGUCUUCGGCGGGGGGGAGGCGCGCCAGGCGGCGUAGGAGCCGUCGUCUGUCGACUGUCAGCGACGGCGAGUGGGAGGAGAUGGUCAAUGGCGAUGAUGUUCACAUACGGCUGAUGAAGAAGUACGAGGAGUGUCCCACGAGCUGGUACCUUGCGACCUUUGUUGUUAUGGUUGCGGUCGGCAUCUUCGUCGUCGAGUAUUAUCCCGUGCACCUUCCGUGGUACGGGCUUCUGCUGGCGUUGGGCGUUUGCGGCGUCUUCUUCGUUCCCAUCGGGAUCGUCAUGGCGAUCACCAACACGCAGUCAUCGCUCUUCCUCGUGUGUCAGCUCAUCUGCGGCACCAUCUUCCCCGGCCGCCCGGUCGCCAACAUGGUGUUCGUCAUGUACGGGUACAUCACGUCCACACAGGGGCUCAAAUUCGCAGCGGACCUAAAGCUGGGGCAUUACAUGAAGAUCCCGCCGCGCCUCCUGUUCAACAUCCAGCUCUUCGCCACGGUAGUCGGCUGUCUGACGCAGAUCGGAGUGCUGAACUGGAUGUUCAACAACAUCCCCGGGAUCUGCACGCCCGAGGCGCUGAACGGCUUUACGUGUCCCAUCGCGCGCGUGCACUUCAACGGCUCGAUCCUGUGGGGGGUCGUAGGACCCGGCCGCUUCUUCGGCUCGAAAGAGCUUUACCGGCCAUUGAUCUGGGCGUUCCUGAUCGGUGCGAUCGCGCCAGUCAGUAUCUGGCUCAUCUGGCGGGCGCGCGGGAAGCCGCGCCGCUCCUUCCUCAAGGCCAUCUCGUUGCCUGUGCUCUUCGGCUCGCUGUCGUGGAUCCCGCCCGCUACGGGACUCAACUUCUCCGCUUGGGCGAUUGUGUGCUACGUCUUCAAUUGGGUACUCCGUAGGCGCCGCACAGAGUGGUGGGGGAAGUACACCAUGACCCUCAGUGCCGCGCUCGACGCGAGUUUGGCCUUCGGCCUGGUCGUCGUGUUCUUUGCGCUGCUCUAUCCCGGCUGGGGAUGGCUGGAGAAUCUGCAGUGGUGGGGUACGAAAGUGCAUACGCAGGGCUGCGACUGGAGGGGCUGUGCGUUUAAUGAAGUACCCGAGGGCGGAACGUUCGGGCCGAAGUUUGGGAGCUGGUAA